AUGUCCACAUUCCCUAUUGUAUCAGAGUCCUCCGCCACGUCCCUUCUGUCUGACCUCCGACCGACAACGGUGCAGCCCCAGACGCUGCAGAUCGUCAAUGCGUUUCUCGAUGAACUCAUUAUUGCGACCGUGACCACGGCCAAGUCCAUCAACCCCGAGCACUUUCGGUAUCGCGGCGUCCAGGGCGCUCUCGGCUCUUUGCCCACACCCGAGUCCCCAGUUCAGCAGGCGUCGCUUGGACCCCUCGGUCGUGCUGUCGUCGGCGAGGCCGAGCUCGAGCUGAGGUCAUGGUAUGAGGGGCACCCUACUGCCCAGCGGGGCCAGUCGGGCUUCCCUCCUGAUGGCAACGGCCGAGGAAUGGUUGGGGCCAUGGAGUCUGCUGGGAUCGAGUUCCCCCUGGCCGAAGCAAGCCAGCUCAUGCGCCUCAAGGUUGCCAUGUUGUCUUCUUUCGCACCAACCCCACCAGACCACAGGGAAGAGCUACGCAUCAUCGAGGCCUGGGCGGAGGCCGGUGGCGACAUCGCAGAGGAGACAGUGACCCCUGCAGCUCUCUGGCUCACGGCCAUGGUUGAGCACAUUUCCGAACAUCUCUUGCAAAAGAUUGCGCAGGUCGUGGGGCGAGACUCGGCGGUGAUGGCGGCCGACGUGCAGCACCUUUACACGGCGCUGUGCGAGGACGACUGCCUUUACUUCUUCUUCAAGCGGAUGAAGAAGAUCGAAGAGAUCAUCGCACAGACACCAUCGAAGAAGCACCCUGGAGGAAAGAAGUCGCGGACAGUGAGCCAAUCAACCGUCCCUCAGAAACCGGGGACUGCGGAUGUGGAGAUUGGGUCCAAGAGCUCUCUCGGGUCGCAUACUGCGGAGGAUGCGGCCAAGGACGGGCCACGACCCGUCAGUGAGAACUUCUACAAGAAUCUGCGGAAUGUCGCCAAGGGCACCAAAAACAACCACAAGCGCGCGACGAGCAUCCUGGGCAUUCCCAGCUUCCCGAUCGGCCAUGGCCACACAAAGGAGGAUUCGGUGACGGACGUUACGUUGAGCGCGGCCGAUGCGGACUUCGAGGCCUUCCUCCGCAGUGGUGAAACCAUGCGCGUCAGUCUGACACCUUCCCGUUUCAGCACGCUGGAUAACACGUUGACCUCGCCGUCAGCGACCUCCUUUUCCCGUCUUCCCGGUGACGGAGGUAACGCCAACCAGUCCUCCAGCGAGUCGUCAUUGAUCACUGCCUCGACCCAAAGUUCUGGAGAAUCGAGUCGACCAAGCCACCGUGUUCUCGCCGGACGACAAAGUUGGACUGCUGGUAACGCUGGGUGGUCCCCGAACAGCCUGAAACUGCGUCCGCGAAGAGCAACGAUAGACGAACCGCUCGAGGAGGAGGACACAAGCAGCUCUGGCCCGACGCUGAUGGAGCUCAUCAAGGCGUCCCCAGAACCGCCAGAGACGACAGACAUCGUUGGAUCGCCUGGAUCGGAGCUGACCCAGAUCCCAGCUGUGGUUGUGGAUCCGGGAUCUCGACCAGUAUCUGCACUGAUGUCCACCCCCCAGCUUACGACUUCGCCCGAGAUGCAGGAGCCGAAACCAGAGCCGGCCAAUGGAACAGAGUCUCGACCUCCAGCUCCUGUUCGAUCUGCUAGCGAAGGGCUGUCUGACCGCGGCCCGAAUGGUACCUAUCGAAUGGCUCGGAACGCGCGGACGGACCAGAUCGAAGCUCGGCAGCAGUCUCGCGAUCUGGCCAACUUCCUGUCGACGACAGCCCCGCCGCUGCGUUCUGCGAGUGCGCCGCACGGUGGCGAGGAGUCGCAGCGCGAGCAGUCGAAGAAGCACAAGUUCAAGGAUCUCAUGGCAAGGAUAGGACCUUACCGGAGAGAUCGCGUCGACCCCCACGACCCUCCCGCUGCGCUUCUGAAGAUGCCCUGGGGAGGUGACCGCCAGCCUGUCUCGUCCGCCGACCUCAACAAGGGCAAGCCGUUCCCAGGCUCCUCUUCCAACCAGUCGCUGGGUCCCAACGUCAGUGCCCCUGGCCCCAAAAGCCUGCGCUCGCAGCGGUCUGUGAGCAGCGUUGGUACUGCCUCGUCGAUCCCCACAUCGCCUCCCACCAACUCGUCUGCUUCGACCAAGGACGUCUUACGCAAGCCGUCUUUAAUGCGCAAGUGGGCGCACCAUGUGACGGAGCCUGCAAGGCAGAGGCGCACGUCGGCCUCCUCCAAGGGCCUAACGUCCCCGCUGAUGUCGUCCUCCAAGCUGCGACUUAGCGAGGUUGAGGAGGAUCCGACAGAUUCGGCGAGUGCGUCCUCUAGGGCGCUAGGGCUUGGUCUCGGCGGCCUCGGCAUUGGAAUGCCUCCCUCGAUUCUCGAGAGCGAGCGUUCGGAUGAGCUCGCGUCGGAGCUCGAGUACAAUCCUCCCGUGGGGUCAGACGCUUCCCUGCUCAAGUCGGAGACUGUCUCCCCACCCAGGUCCCCUGACGUUGCGGCGCGGGCUGACGAAGUCGAGCAGCUGAAGGAGCCAGAGACGAAGGAAGCUGAGGAGGUGGCGAAGGAGCUGGAGCAGCCUCCCCAGGCACAGCCCGAGGUCGCUAAACUGCCAUCUGACGAGAAGUCGCCGUCAGUCCAUACGGCGCCUUCCAUCAAGAGCUCGCCCAGGAUCACCGACACCCCGUCACUCAUGCAGGAAGCCACCUGGCCCAUGCCUCCAGAGCUUCCUGCUGUGCCCUCCACUAUCCAUUCCGAGGCUGCCAGCCCAACUGUCCCCAGCCCCGCCACAUCUCAGAGCUCCCGUUUGUCCAUGCGACCGCUGCCCGAGCGCCCCGGAGAGCGUCGGCAGUCUAGAGAACUGCCCCGUCCCCCCGUCAGCGCCAGCCCGACCGCGAUGGCCAGCCCUCGCAUGUUCUCCAAGCAGGAGUUCCCAUCGCCGACAUCCACGAUCCCCGAGUCGCCUGAAAACAGCUCAAUCCUCGAGACGCCGGUUGAGAGCAAGUCGCCGACUGUGCGCAAGCUGCCUGAGCCUCCCAUCGACGAGCACCUGCCGGACAUGGCGCCCGACGCCACCAUCAAGGCGGCGUCUCUUGCCUCGCUUGCUGCUCAGCCGCCCCGUCAUGACCGCGUUGCAGAACUCUCCGGCCAGCAGGCCCUGUCUCCCAAGUCUUCGCCGACCCUGUCCCAAAACAGCGGUUUAGAGGACAAGAUUGACGGCGGCUACGUGCAUGUCUCCGAGAUCGCGCCUCUCCGCUCCAUGCUCGAGAACGCGACCACCGUUCGCGAGUGCCAGGUGCUCGUCGACGCUCUGCUGACGCAGCUCGGCGUGCCGCGCGACUCGAUGACGGUCAACGACCAGCAGGACCGCGUUGCCGAGUGGCUCGCUAACGAGCGCAGCGUCCCAACUGGCGACAACGUGUCUGAGCUGCAAACGCCAAACGGCUCGCCCAAACUCAAGGUCAAGUCGCACCGCAGUUCGCUCUCCGCCGGCAGCGGCAAGCGGAUCGUAAGCAGGAAAUCGAGCAAGGGUACGACUGUCGGCAGCCUGAGCCCUGAGAUCACCAUGAAGAACCUCCCUGCUCUCCCUAUUCCCGAGGCUAGUCCUGAACCUCCCUCGGCCUCCUCCGACCCUACCUCUACUUCCUCUACUACCACGACUGCGUCUGUAACUGCGCAGCAGCAGCAGCAGGAUGGCCCGCCCCACACGCUCGUCGAGACCAAGUCGUAG